AUGCAAUUUUUACGUAAUCGUGCGGACAUUCUCGAAACUUUGGCUAUUAGUAGAGGUGACGCGAAGCGCGAACAUAAAUCUACAUUUCAUAAAGAUUAUCACAAAAAACCUGAAAUAAAAUUUAGAGAUCAUUACAAAACAUCAAAAAGCUUUGUAACUUCCGCUACCGCUAAACAUAAUUUAUCAUGUCCCUUCUGUAACCAGCACCAUCGCAUUAUCGAUUGCUCGUCAUUCAAACAAUUAUCACCACAAAAUAGAUGUGGUGAAGUUAAUAAAUUAGGACUCUGCUCCAACUGUUUACGAAGAGGUCAUUCUGUAGCCGAUUGUCGUUUGUUAGGCACCUGCAAAACAUGUAGAAGAAAACAUAACACAUUAUUGCAUCUAGAUAAUAACAGUGUACUUGAAACAAGCACAACUUUGAAUCAUUGUAGCUACGUACCUGCAUCCGCGUCGGUUAUACCGUUGUUCCCCGCAGAAAUAGACGUCCCUAUUUCCGAGGUUUCUUCAAUAAACGUGCCGGUAUCCUUGUCGACUCGAUGUCCUGGUCAGGUUCUUCUUGGCACCGUCUUAGUUAAAAUAAUUAAUCCUGAAAAUAAAGGUACUUACCUCGCUCGUGGAUUACUUGACGCUGGCAGCCAGUCCUCCUUCAUUACAGCACACCUGAAAGAAAAAAUAGGAUUAAUUAGUAAGGGUUCCGAUACUUUAUGCAUAUCGGGUAUUAAUAAUUCUCGAAUGCCCAUUACCGACAGUUGUGAAAUUACUGUACAGUCAUGUUUCAAUCCAUUUAAAGCACAUCUUAAGUGUUUGGUGGUUCCUAAAAUAACGGGCGUACUACCUAAUGCUUUAAUAAAUACCUCAAAGCUUAACUUACCUCAAAACAUUCAAUUAGCAGAUCCUAACUUCUUCCUCCCUUCAGAUAUUGAUUUGUUGCUGGGUGCUGAAAUAUUUUUUGAAAUUAUGUCAUCCAAUCAAAUAAAACUUGGGCCUAAUAUGCCCAUACUUCAGGAUACACAAUUGGGUUGGGUAGUAGCAGGGCCUCUUUAUACAAACAAUCUGCAAAAAUAUAAAAAAACUCAUUGCAAUUUUACUAGAGAAAUUAGUGAUCAAUUGUCAAAAUUUUGGAAUCUUGAAGAAGUUCCAUCCAUAAAAACAGUGAUGUCACCUGAUGACGAAGUUUGUGAACGCCACUUCAUUACUACAACAAAACGUUUGAAAGAUGGUAGAUUCUCGGUAAUGAUGCCUCUUAAUGAAUCUCCCGAAAAGGUACUUGGCGAUUCCUAUUCAAUUGCAAAAAAACGUUUCUUGAGCCUUGAGAAAAAAUUUCAUAAAAAUCCUGAAUACAAAAAAGAAUAUACCAACUUCAUUAAUGAAUAUGAGAAACUCGGUCACUUGACUGAAAUCGACAAACCUCAAUUCGGGUACUUUAUGCCACAUCAUGGCGUCACUCGACAAAAUAGCGAAACUACAAAACUUCGUGUAGUAUUUGACGCUUCCGCGAAGACGACAUCACAUAAAUCCUUAAAUGAUAUCCAGUACAUCGGCCCCGUUGUGCAACAUGAUUUGAUCGACAUCUUAGUACCUUUUUGUCAGCAUAAAUACGUAGUGUCUGGUGACACAAAAAAUGUGCAGACAGGUCAUGAUAGACGAAUCCCAAAGGCAUCUUCCACUUAUUUUUUGGAGAAAUAG